AUGAACCCUCGAAGAAUGUCAUUACACAUCCUAUUUUCAUGUCUUCUUCUUCAUUUGAUUGAUUCUUCGGAUAACCUUGCCCCAAACAACGCCAUGAAAGAUGGUGAUGUCUUAAUCUCCAAAGAAAGGAAAUUCGCUCUUGGUUUCUUCAGCCCCGGCAAUUCAAGCUUGUGUUACGUGGGAAUCUGGUACUAUGGACAACCUGAGCAAACCGUCGUUUGGGUUGCUAACAGAGAAACUCCCGUGAGUGAUACUUCAGGAGUUCUUGCAUUUGAUCAUUAUGGAAACUUAGUGAUCCACGAAAAGAAUGGGAGCUUUCCGAUUUGGUCGAUCAAUGUUUCGUCCAUGGCUUUAAAUAAUUCUACUACUGCUCAGCUAUUGGAUUCAGGUAAUCUGGUUUUGAUUCACGAUUUAAGCAAAGUGGUUAUUUGGCAGAGCUAUGAUUAUCCCACAGAUACCUUUCUUCCGUCCAUGAAGCUUGGGUUGGACCGGAGAACCGGUUUGAACUGGUUCAUGACAUCUUGGAAACCUGAAGAUGAUCCAGCACCGGGCAGUUGUUCAUUCAAGUUUGAACCAACAGGGUACCCACAGCGGUUCCUUUACAAGGAUCAAGUGCCGUACUGGUGGCCCGGACCAAUAAUUGAGAAGCGGCAGGGUAGCCUUGCCAGGAUGGCCAACAAUUUUAUCUAUAACAUCACAAUUGUGAAUAACGCGAUGGAGGUUUCUCUGAUGUAUGCCGUCAUCAAUGUAUCGGUUCUCUCCAGAUAUGUGGUGCACGAGUCAGGGUUAGUUAAACACUUCAUAUGGCACAAUGAAGAGCAGCGGUGGACCGAGUUUAAUUACCAUCCAAAGGAACUGUGUGACUACUAUGGCAAGUGUGGGCCUAAUGGCAUCUGUGGUGCAAACAAUGCAGACCACUUCGCCUGCACAUGCCUGCCCAGCUUCGAGCCCAAGUUUCCGGGCGAUUGGUACCUAAGGGACGGAACAGGCAGCUGCAAGAGGAGGCAAGGCGUGUCAAUGUGUCAAAGCGGGGAAGGUUUUGUGAAGGUGAAACGGCUGAAGUUGCCAGACACUUCAACAGCACAUGUUGACAUGGGCCUGAGCUUGAAGGAGUGUGAGCAGGAAUGCUUGAGGGAUUGCAAUUGCACAGCUUAUUCGAGUGCAAAUGAAAGUUUUGGGGAAUAUGGGUGCCUCAAAUGGUAUGGAGAUUUAGUGGAUACAAGAGGAUUUUCAAACUUGGGUCAAGAUUUAUAUGUGCGGGUCAAUGCAAUUGCCUGAGCUCGCUAUAGGAAAAGAGUACUCCUGUCAAGAAGGCAAUGGUGGUGGCAACGAUAUUGGUAUCUGCACUGGUGUUGCUACUCUUAGGCUCCCUUAUGUACUGCCUUCUGUUGAAGAGGAAAAGAGAUAGAAGCAGGCGUAAUCAUCUUGUUAGGGUUACCACAAGUUCAACAUAUUUUGAAGAACUUCCAGGUCUGAAAGACCUCGACAGGGAAGGUAGACCAAAAACAGAUCUACCAUUCUUUGAUUUUGGCGCUGUAGCUGCAGCCACAAGCAACUUUUCCUCUGUCAAUGAGCUCGGCCAAGGAGAUUUUGGAUCUGUCUAUAAGGUAAUUAAUCUCUCUAUUCCACUGAAUGCGGAUGGUUAUUGUAUAUGAAAUGUGUAGUCUACCGACUUCACGUGUCUGUCUCUUAUGUGGAUUGAUGUCCUUGAAGAACAUGCUCGGAAACGAGCUAGUUUUUUUUUCAUAGGACCUUUUUCUCUUUGUAAAUUCUCAAAAGGUAUUGAGAUCUGGUUACUUCCACUGUAUCUAUGGAGGCGUCUCAUGUAGUGAGUCAUACCUUCCAGUCAUCACGAACCCAGGAAGUGAUUAGCGAAAGACAAGGGAGAAGAAGCAGAGAACAGCACAAGCCAUGUCGCUUCUUUAUUUUUCUAGGUCAUACAACAUGCAAUGAGUGUAACCUGCCCGGAAAGUUUAACUACCUAAUAAAUCCUAAAAUCUACUCAUGACGGCUUUCGAGUGACUGGCUUUAUCUGACAGGUCUUAAUGUUUAUUCUUAUGAUGAGUUCAUUUUCACAGGGUAUGAUGAAUAACGGAAGAGAAAUAGUGGUUAAAAGACUCUCUAAAUAUUCUGGACAAGGAGUUGAAGAGUUUAAGAAUAAAGUUCGGUUGAUUGCCAAGCUCCAACAUCGGAAUCUAGUGAAAAUCUUAGGUUGCUGCAUUCAAAGGAUGAGAAACUGUUAAUUUAUGAGUAUUUUCCCAAUAAAAGCUUGGACUCAUUCCUUUUUGGUAAGUCCUCUCUUUCAGUGGAAGAAUUUCAUUCCUUGUUGUGGAUAAUGACAAGGAAAUUCCCAAUUUUGGUCCAGAUGAAACAAAGAGAUUACUUCUGGAUUGGGGAAAAAGGUCCGAAAUUGCAUAUGCGGUGGCUUGAGGACUCAUGUGUUUACACCAGGAUUCAACGUUGAGGAUAAUCCACAGAGAUUUGAAAGCUAGCACUGUCUUACUGGAUGAUACAUUGAACCCCAAGAUUUCAGAUUUUGGGAUAGUGACGAUAUGUAGAGGAGACCAAUUGAAGGAAAAAUGAAGCGCGUGAUCGGGACAUAGUAAGUGUUUUUCUUGAGCAUUGGAUUCUGCUUUACCUGAUUAGGAAAUGAGAAAUUAGAACAAAGAAAUAGAACUCGGACCAACCAUUUUCUGUCUUCCAUAUGAAAGUUUAAAUUUAUAGUUAUUUCCUCGAAAGUUCAAUGGGGAAGUUUAUACGGUGAAUGAGAUGUUGAUUACUACUCUCCCUUCUAGCUUAUGUAGUGGGUAUAUGGCACCAGAGUAUGCUAUGCAAGGCCGGUUUUCAAUAAAAUAAGAUGUGUACAGUUAUGGAGUUUUGUUGUUGGAGAUCAUUACGGGUCAAAGAAAUAGUGGGUGCUA